UCUUCUCCCCUCGUGUAGCUGAGAGGAAGGAAAGGAAGAAAGAGAAGUAGUCAGCUCAAAUGCGCCUCGCUGCGCUGCCCGGGCGCGGGGGCUUGGCUGGAAGGAUCUAGUUUCCCUUCGGUGGCAGGAAAAGGAGCCACGGGAGGAGGCAGAGACGCACACCCAGACAUGCCCGUCCCGUCAGGCUGCUGGCUCCUUCUCCUGUGUCUCGCUGCCGCUGGCGAACAGCUGUCACUACAAAUCACUCCGCCGUGUGAGAGCGAACAACACUAUGAGCACUCUGGCCGGUGCUGCAGGAAGUGUGAGCCAGGGAAGUAUUUGUCUGCUAGAUGCACUGCUACUUCUGAUAGUGUGUGCCUGCCAUGUGGUCCGAACGAGUAUAUGGAUGUCUGGAACGAAGAAGAUAAAUGCUUACUACAUAAAAUAUGUGAUCAAGGGAAGGCCUUGAGAGAAGUGAACCCAGGGAACAGCACGUUCCAGCGGCAGUGUGCUUGUACGAUGGGCUACCACUGGAACGAGGACUGCGACUGCUGCCAGCGAAAUACCAUGUGUGCUCCUGGACUCGGAGUCAAGCCUCCUGUGCAACAAGACAGGGACACAAUGUGCAUACCAUGUCCCAGAGGAUACUUCUCAAAGGUCUCUUCAUCCACCGACGAGUGUAAAUCCUGGACCAACUGUACAGCUCUAGGAAUGGAAGAAAGUGUGCCUGGGACUGACAAGUCUGAUGCAGUUUGUAAAGAACGGAAGAUGCCUGAGCCAUCAGAAGAUGGGACAAACAGGAUCUUGUACGUGUUGAUUGUCAUCUUGUUUUUCGUGACACUAAUUGGCAUUGUCGUCUUCAUUGUAUACUACAAGAAGAAGGGGAAAAAGCUGACAGCAGAUCUACAGAACUGGGCUAAUGAAGUGUGCAGCCAAAUAAAAGGAACAAAGGAACCCCCCAGAGAUGCCCUUGUUACUGUGAACAUCACAAAUGCUUCUGUCCCCCAGACUGCUGAAGGCACGUGUCUCCUGGUCCCCUCGGGCUCUCCUGUCCCUGGAAAAUCGUGCUGCACUUCUGGUCACACUCCUUGCAGGAAUGAGAGCCCCAGCACAGAGCCUUGUGAGGCAGGAGAGUUUUCUGUGGUAACCGAGACUGAUGAUUACCAAUUCCCACCAGUUCCCACGGAAGAUGAGUACAUGGAUAAGGAUCUCAAUAACACUGAUUAUUUGUCUUUACUAAGUCAGACUGCCAGCAAAGCCGUGUCAUCAUUUUCAGAACCAAUGGAGGCAGGGGAGAAUGACAGCUUGAACCAGUUCUUUCCAGGUAUUGGGAGCACAGAGGAUGUAUCAGUCUCUCAAGGCUUUCACCCUCCUUCCAGCACAGAUGGGACACACAUUGCCACGGACCAGCUUCUACAGAAAUCUUGCCAAAAUGCCCACAGUUGCCUGAAGGUAACAGGCAACAAAGACACAGAUCAUUUUGCAACAAACUGUGACUCAGAGAAGAUCUGUGUGAGGUGUGGCAUUUUGUACAGAGAAUCUCCCCAAAAGUGUUACAAACCCUGUCGUGCUGCGGCUGACAGUACCUCCACCUCCCCAGAAACUGGUUCUUGUGCCCAGUGCACCUGUGGUUUUAAUUUUGUCUCUGCUGGUCAGAGCACUCUAGCAAACGAUCUUGGUAUGGAAGAUGCACCUUCAGAUAGUACCAACGUGAAGUACCAGAACACAAACGGAAGCACUUCAGGGACACACAGAAGCACUUCAGACCUCCCUCCAGCAUCUGGAAAUGUGACUGGAAACAGUAACUCCACCUUUAUUUCAAGUGGACAAGUAAUGAAUUUCAAGGGAGACAUCAUUGUUGUCUACCUUAGCCAAAACUCUCAGGAGGGGACAACGGUCUCCUCGGGGCUGAGCGAGGAGAACGUGGGCAGCCCGGUGCAGGAGGAGAACCUCAGCCGCUGCGAGACGUUCGCCGGCAAUGCCCAGCACUACAAGGAGAAGUGUGCGGAGCUGCAGGGCGCCCGCCCAGCCCCGGGGAGCGGGGGGCCACGGUGGCCUGGUGGAGCCCUGGCCCAGGAGUGGGGCCCGUCCUGCGGUGGACAAGCCUCCCAGCCCGUGCAGGAGGAAGGGAAGCUGGGACACUUCUCGGAGAAGGUGUUGAACUGAGGGGACACGGUGUCCUUGCUGCGGGCCAGGGCACCGGCACACAGCCCCCGACGGGGUGUGGGGCUGCUGCCGUGCUGCCAAAAUCCUGGGUGUCACGACAGACUGGGAGACUGUUGCUGCCCCUGGUGUCUCCGAGGAAAUUUUACAGCUGGAAGGACCCUCAUGGCACAUGUCGGUGGCGGUGGUGGUGCUCUGGGUGGAGGUGGCUGAUGACAAUGGGCACAUGCGUGAAGCUGGGCACGCUGCCCCUGUUGCAGAAGCAGCAGCAGGGCUUUCUCCUCUCCCCUACAGGGAGAUGGGCUCCCUGCUUGUCCCCCAUUCCCUGCCACCUCUCCCUGGCAAGUGGCAAAAGGGAGCUGAGAUCCAUCGACCUGGGGACUCUGUGAGGAGGAGAGCACUGCUGGCCAGGUGGGCAGGAUGCUCCUGGAGAGGGGACGGUGUGGCCAAGGACUGGACUCAUGGGGGCCCCUGAGCUCUGCCUCGGGGUUUCUUUUUUGCAACUAAGCUGUACCCAUUUUGCUGGGUCUUGGAGGUAGAAAGAAGCCAUGGUGCUGCUGAAGCCUUUGCCUCCCUGUGGUGAUGUGGCAGGUGGCAUCAUCCUUUCCCAUCUUUCCGCAGGGAAGCAGACAUUCCAGUCCCAAAUCAGCACCAGAGCCAAGGUCCUGGGCUGCCCCUUAUUGACUUGUGGGUAUAAAUAAGUGUGUGUAAUGCUGCCACAAGCAGAUGAUAACAUGCAAAAUACAGCUGAUAUGCCUUAAAAGCAUAUCAGAUUAAUCUCGGGCAAAGAGCAUUUAUAGUGACCCUGAUUCACCUCUGCCUUAUUGCACCUCUCCAGAGGAGUUCAAACCUGUGGAGAUGAGAGUGAUGUGUGUCUGGUACACUGCUGCAGGAAUAACAUCACUAUAGUUUAAGACAAAGAGCUGCUAGCAGAAAGAGAUAAAGGAAAAAGGGUCUGUGACAACCAGCUGUGGGUAUUUCCAGUAGUUACAGGAGAGGGAAGGAUUACCCAAAGAUAGAGAAUUUGGUCAAACACUCAUUCUUUUAUCUGCCCAAACAAUUUUGUUAUUCCCUUUGCUAUUUUCAUUAAUAGGCAAAGAUUUACUUAGGUAGCAUGAAGCUAUUUCCAGAAGUUGGCCUGUGUGAGCUGAAGUCAGAGUGUAGCUUAUGAGCAAUGGGACCAAAGGUUUGGCAUUAAAGAAUAAUAGUAGAAGGGAAUUUAGAAGGGAAUUUAGAAGGGAAUCUUGGCUACUCAGCUGGCUUUGGUUCACGUCCAAUAUCCUGCAGCCUUCUCCAGCAGCCACUGUGGAGAGAAAGAUGAAGGGAGCAAAGUCUCAAGGAACUCCCAAAGAAAAAGAUAACAUUUUUAAUGAUUUCCUGACAAGGGAUAAUUUUCUGACUUUCUCCUGCAGGUGUGAGUGCUGCAGGCAUCUAUCUGCAGCCUUCAGGAGGGCAAGUGCUCUGUUUCCUGCCAGACAGCAAAGGGAUCUCUUACCUAGUGUAGCUUCCCUGUUGGAAAAGGUCUCUGGUUGGAAGGGCUUCUUCCCAGGAAUGUUUUAAGGUUGAGGGGUUCACUGCAUAGCUGCUGUUUGCAGUAGUACUGCUCUGUGGGGAAAGAGUACCUGUAAAGCUGACAAGGUGAUCACUGUGUCACAAAGGGCUUCUCAUGCAUAAAACAAAAGGAUGGGCUUAGCCAACUUCACCUUUCAGGAGAAUAAUUCUGCAUUGUUUAUAUAUCUGGGAUGUAAAGUUCAGUACAAAUGUGCAAGACUCUCUCUUGGGUGACUGGCAAAAAGGGCAAAUGAACAGCCAGUCUCAAUUCCACCUCUAUGGCCUUCAAAAAACUAGAUCACUCUGGCCUAGACUCAGACGGGCAGGUAGAGUGUCCCAUUCAGUGAUGGCCCAAGCUACCUCUGCCUCUCUGAAGGUGUGUAACUGAGGCUCUCUUGUCUGUGGGAUUCUUUUGUCUUUCCUGCUGGAUCUUUUCCAAUCUCUUUCUAGUCUCUUCUGGAGUAGUUCUGUAUCCCCUUGGCACUGGUACAAUAGGGACAAGGAAGCAGAACCACCAUCACCUUCAGGAAAGGUGGUAGAGAUAUUUUCCCACUUCAUCUUAAUUUUUUCGGUGGUUUUUUUCUGGAAAGCAUUCUGCAAGACAUCAGUCCUGCUGGAAAACAUCCAACCAGCCCCAUUUACAGGGCAGGCAGGAUGAAUUCUUGCCCUCAUCUCUGCAUAAAUUACCCAGGUCUGUCUUUUUCUCCUUCUGCAGCUUCUUUCUUCCCUUGGUUUGUAAAAGGCCACCAGAGAGCAGGCUCAAAAUCCUGGUUUGAAGGGAGAUAAUGGGAAUUUAUUGUGUGUCCUCAAUGAGGACACAUUUUUCACUUGUUGAAUUUCAGGUUCUUACUGAACAAGGAUUUUAACUAGGAUCAUCAGCAAGCAUGAAGAAAUUAUUCCCAUAUGGGAAACAUGAUGCAGCAACAGACCCAGUUCUUUUUCUUCCUCCAGAGUCUAUUCCAAAGUGAAAAAACAAUAUCACAGCCAUUAGCAUGCUGCAUGUUCCCUGGGUCUCUGCCUGGCUCCUCAGACCAGGAUCCCAAAGGGACUUCUUUUUCUUCAUGAUUUCAUUUGUCAUCAGCUUGGAGCUGGGAGUGGUUUUUGGCAUCUGUUUGUACAACAGGGACCUGUGCAUUGGGCACUAAUUUGGAGGCUUCUGGCUGCUAUUGUAAUACACAUAAUUAAUGAAAAUAAAAAUCUGAAAUGUCUAUUUGAGAAAAGGUGAAGAUUUUAUUUGAAUAAAGGGGGAAAUGAAAUACAUUAUUAUAUGCCUCUGCCUGUUUAAAGAAAAAGAAAAAAGAGCAAAAUGUGAGCAUUCCUAGUUAGGCUUUUGUAACAUUUUCUGUAUGUUGAAUUGUUUUAACAAGUGCUUGCCUUCCACAAUGUGUUCUGCAGUGCUAAUUCUGCACCUGCACUCAGCCUGAUAGGUGCUCUCAUAGACCUGGUGUGGUAAUGCUUUACUGCUGAGAACUAGGCACUGAUUCCAACUAAUUCCUGAAGUUUCCUCCUGCACAGCAUGCAUUUUUACAAGUCUUUUAGUUUGAGGAGUCGCAUGAAUUAUCCUUGGUGAAUAUACUAGGUGUUCUAGAAAGUCAGCCACUUUCAGAGUUAGCAGGACAGGAGUAAUUCUGCAUAUAGCCAUGGGAAAACAAGUACACUGGAGCAGGCCUUCUUAUUCCCACGGAACACAAUAUGGCAUUGAAGACCAGUGUAGACAGUAAUGGCUGUUAACCUAUGUACUUUGCUACAUGUUCACACAGAGACUGGAAGUGACUCUGCAAGCUUAUAGCAUACCUGGGAGUAGCGCCACUAAAAUGUCAUUUCUACUUGUCCAUUCAGGUUUCCUCCUUUUUAUCAGGUUGAUGGUAUCUGACAAUUACACCCCUGUGUCUAUCAUAAAACAGAACCCUGAUGAAAGAUGUCUUUGUGCUUAUCAGGUAUUUAAUAGCACUCUCAUUUUAUCAGAUACCUACAUGCACAUUAGGCAGCAGUGCCCCUGUAAAAAUAAUCUACCAUGACUGAAGAAUUCACUUCUGCAGCACCUUGGCAGACCCCAACAUAUACCCCUGUUUCCCAUUGCUGUCACUUUGAUAGUGUGGUUGCUUGGUUUUUCCUUCUGCCAAGCAUCCAAGUUGGUUGUGGCCUCCAAGGUGAUUGUGUUGUCUCUGCAAGCGUUGCUGCAGUCUUGCCUUCAGGCCCUCCAGCUGACUUGUCACAUCUGUUGUGUUGUAAAAUGUGAGCAUUCAGAAGCAUGAACUUUGUGGAAAAAUGCUUUAUUACAAUUCUCUCUGGCUUUUGAACAAGGCAAUGACCGCAUAACAUUAAAGAACCCUGUUGCGGUAGGUGACGAUGCCAGAGUGUCCAGUCGGAUGUGUUUUAACGCUGCUUUUUUAUUUCUUCUUCUUCUGGCUAGUUGGUUUAUGGUUUCUUUGUUUUGGCUGAGGAUUACCACAGCUCUUCUGGUUCAUUUCUUAGCCUGCCUCACCACUUGGUCGAUCCUGGGGUGUUGCACUGGUUUUUACUUGCAUCAAAGUUGACAACUCUGUUCCAUCAUGUUUCUAUUGGUGGUCCCACAUUUCUAUACAAUAUAUGCAGAUGGCCAUACAUGAAAUUGCUCCUAUUUCAGCUUCACAGGAAACUGUUGGAAAGGUUUCCAAAGAGAGUAAAGGAGCUCAGGAGUGUUUGAGACCACCUGUAUGAGUGGGACAUACACAAGUCAAUGGGACUUGGCAGAAUGCAUCCAAAGCUUCUGGGAGGGCUUGCCAACAUCAUUGCAGAGGCACACUGCAACAUCUUUGACAGGUCAUGGAGUUUGGGGGAAGUCACAGCUGACUGGAAAAGGGCAAAUAUUACACCCAUCUACAAAAACAGAAAAAAGAAAGAGACUUGGGAAAUUACAGAUGAGUCAACCUCACUUGAGUACCUUGAAAAAUUACAGAGUGGGCUCUCCUAGAAGCUGUUUCUGGGCAUGAAGAAGAAGAAGGCAACUGGGAGAAGCCAACACAUACGUUAGCUAACUCAGCUUUUUCCCGCUGUCAGCAGUUUGUUAUUUGCUUCCUCAUUGAUUCCAUAGAGACUUGGAAGCAUCACCUUCCUCAUGAAGAACUAGGCAAAGAAGGCAUAAAAAAAAUCUUCAGUUCUCCCUCUGUCAUUUAUAAUUAACUGGCCAGCCCCACUCAACAGUGGACCUACCUUUUCCUUGUCCUGCCUGCUAACACACAAUACAGGAUGUUAAUAUUUUCUUGCUAUUCUUGGCAUCUUUUGCCAGCUCAGGCUAGGGCUGGACUUUAACCUUUCCCUCUUCAUCUCUGCGUGCCUGAGUGAUAUUUCUAUAUUCUGCUUUGGAAGCCUGUUCCUUUUUCCAUCACUUUCAUGUUCCUUUUUUUUGUAUCUGAGCUCUUUCAGUAUCUCACUGUUUAACCAGGCUGGUUUCUUGCUGUGCCUGCUUAGGUGGGUGGACUGCUCUUGUGCAUGGAGAAUGCUGUCUGAAAGUCUCCCAAUGCUCCUGAACCCCUUUGGCUUUCAAGGCAGACUUCAGGGAUACCUCCUGACAGCUCCCUGAGCAGGAUGAACUCUGCUCUUUUGAAGGUCUGGGGCUUUACUCUGCUACUCACCUUCUUCACAUUCCUUAGGAUAAUGUUACCAGUUCAGCCGAGGCUGCCAGUGCCAGUCUUCAAUUGUUUGAAGAAGUUUUUAUCUGUUUCCACAUCAGGAAACAGAUUCCAUGGCAGACACCUACCACAAGCACUUCCUCGAUGGUGACUCCUCUGAUUUUGACCCAAAGACACCCAGCUGAUCUGUCCUCUUGCCCAUGUCUCAAAUCACUCUUUUACGUAGAGUGUAAUCCCUCCUCCUCUUCCACCUUUUCUAUUUUCCCUCAAAAACUUGGAAGCUCUUGCUUUUUUUUCUAAUAGAGCUAUUUCCUUAGAUGGUUUCUAAAAUGAUAGAAAAACCUCUCACCAAGUUCCCUACUGUUGUGCCUUUGUCUGGUUAUAGGUAAUAAACUUAAUCUCAUGCCUGGGAAUGGGCCUUCAAAUUUCCCACCUGUAAGAAGGGGAGGAUGAGAGGCAAGGGCUGGAGCUGGUGUGAGGAGCAGGGGCUGAAAGAUGUGUUCCCUCUUCCCACUGCCCUGUAGAGAUGUGGGGAGAAGAUAGCAACUUGCUGCUGCUGGAAAUGGCAGCGUGGCCAGCAGCAUCCUGGAGGCUUUGUCAUUCCUGGUGUCCAGGUAUUAUCCCAGUUAUGUCCAGUACCAGGUGUUAUCCCAUGAGACCUCAGUCUCCUCUGUCCUGCACGGGAGGAAGCAGCUGGCAACUCAUCCAGGGUUUCCAUCAGACGAAAUCAGGCCUGUGUAUAUCUCUCUCAAAUAAAAUCAGUGAACACAAAAUGAACUGAAAUUUGCCAUAAGCAGCACAUGAGGACAAACCAUUUCAAAUGCAGAAACCACUGCAUCAAUAGGCUGUUCCUAUUGAUCAUCACUGUAUUAUAAUGGAAGGCUCUUUAUACAAAGUCUCAAUCAUUUGAAGCACCUCAAAUGAUUAUCUAGAAGGUGUUUUUUUAGCAUGCAGGCCUGCCAUUGCAGUUCUCAAUUGCAUAUCCUUAGGAAGCAGCUUACUUUCUUUAUUCUCUCUGGUUUUGUUCUGCUCUAACAUUCACUUAUCUCCCUUUUAGUGUUGUAGGCACCACUCAAGCACAAAAGUUCUUGCUCCCUGUGGGAAAUACAAAACAGUUUCCCCAGUGGACAUUUGCCUUUUGCAUCAUUUCAGUUUCUUGUUGGGUUUUUUGCAAGCUUAGCUGGUCAUAAAUGAGCUAGACAACAGAUGCUAGAGCUCAUGCUAUAACACAGAAAAUUUUAAUUUAACAGAGGUUUCCACUUAAAAAUGCAGCUGCCCAUUGAUGCACGGCCAAAUUUACUUCUGAGAACACACUUCGAAUGUAUUGGAGAAUGAGAUGGAUGCAAGUAGCUCUAAUGAUUGUCUCAGCAGGCUACUCAUAAAUGUUUCCUGCAACCCCUGUUCUUUUCAUCCACACCCCAUAGAUCCAACCUGUCUGCUGGAUGAGCCACACUUCAGGGAUACAUUAGAAACCUGUCCAGUUCAUUGUCUUACACUUACACAAAAUAAUCCUUGCCAGGAUUUUAUUCCCUUUGUCUGAAGGGAUGCUCCAAAUAUGACAGAGGCAUAAAUAAUAAAUCCACUUAAAUGCUUGGGUUUUCUCAGUCAGGCUGGCCUGCUGUAUUUAAAUAUUGAUAUCCUUUGGGUCUGUUCUCUUCAAAGUCAUGUUCUUUGACAGGUCCCAUUUGGGUCCACUGCACUACACUUCUGUCUGCUCUGUAGAAAGUGCUACAGCUGGUGGUUUGUUGAUGAAAAAUACUAGAAAUCAGUUGAGUAUUCUUUUGUUCUUAAUUAGGAGGAGAUGGAAAAACACAUUGAAGAAUUAUGUCCAAUUAAUGAUUUUUAAAAGUCUUAUAAGACUUGUUUCUUUUUGGAUUUUCAUGUUUUUGGUUACUUUGCAGUAACAACUCUUCCCUGCCAGCAUUGUUUUCCCUUGCAGGAUAACUGUGUGUUGCUGAGGAUGGCUGAGGGGCAGGAUUGCUCUAAAUUAAAGAUGGACUCUAUUUCUAAGUGAAAUGUCUCACAUGGUUCCUUUACUGGAUGAAUGGACACAAAAAGCUUUGCCCUGCUUUACUGUGACCAGAAUAUGCAUGCUGCAGGGACUGCAGAGCUGUUGACAUGAUUCCCUUGGAGUUCAUGCAGAUACACUGAAUAAACCAAAUCACAGCCACAACUUCUUUGGCUUGCAUGUGAAUAACAUCAGCUGACUGUGUUUCAAAGAGCAAAGAUAUGCCUGGGUUUGGGUGUUUUAUGUUUUUUUUUUGGGUUU